AUGUCCUUCUUCGGCUUCAAUACUACCCUGCCUAGGGAUCGAGCUCCCCCGAUUGAAAGUCGGGGCAUCUUCGACACCCCUGACCCGUUCGCCGAAGUCGCCCGCGCCCGAGCAGAGGGCUUCCAAGGCGGCGAUGAUGACGACGUAAUCGAUUUCGAGGAUACUUACGACGGCCUGGGAGACCAGCUCGACGACGACCAAGAUGCGUUCAAUGACGACACGUUUGGUGGCGGUGUCGACCCGAGCCCUGUGGGCAAGGAUUUCGAUUUCUUUGGAAGGACUGCCCAGGUCGCCGACGUGAUCGGAGAGGAACAGAUCCGCUACAGUCUCCAGCAACCCGGUGCACCGGCUGCGUCUGCGACUGCGACGCAACCCGCUGCCGAUGCCGCUCUGCCAGGCGCUGCGGCCCAGAAGCCCAAGCGCACCGGAUAUGAGAAGUAUCAGGACCCGGGCUACAUCCCCGACCUUCAGGCCAAGUCUAGUGUCUGGGGCAUGUCCAAGAAACCGGAGCCGCAGCCGCAGCCGCAGCCGCAUCUGCAGCUACAACAGCAGCUACAACAGCAGCUCACGCCCCAGAUGGUAUCGCAAGCGAAGAAGAUGCUGAGUCUAGAGGAAGUGGAAGCCCAGCUGCGCAGACAAGGUCCGGGUUCAAUCCCUACCCAGCUCCCACUGCCUCUUCCGCACUCGAUGCCAGAGCUAGCUCAGCCGCUCCAGCGCGCUCAGAUGCCCCCUCUUCCCGAAGGUUUUGCACAGUUACCGCCGGAGAUUAUACAGGCUCAGCUCGCCAAGGGUGUCCCACCUGCGCAGUUGCUGCAUCAGCCGCCCAUGGUCCCGGAGCCGUACCCGCUUCCGGCGCACGCUCCGAACCUGCCGAUGCAUCUCCUGCAGAAUGCCAACCUGCCGCCUCAGCACAUGAUGUCUCCCCAGCGUCAGGCGAUGCCACCGGCAGCGCAGAGACCCCAGCAACAGCAGCCGCCCCCACCCCAAGCUCCUCGCGGUAGCGCUACUCAACUGCCAGUGAUCACCAACUCCCAGCAGUUGAUGCAUUUGACAGAAGAGCAGCGUGUAGCGUACUUGAUGGAAGAUGCCAAGCGGGCGAAGCGCAACCACAAGAUCUUCCUCCUUUCCAAGGGGAAUGGGCUGAUGACUCCGCAAGACAAGAAUUUCAUCACGCGCAUCCAGCUCCAGCAACUCGUCGCAGCCGCCGGAAAUGUGGCAGACUCGGAUUCGGAAGCGGUCUUGGCCGAGGACUUCUACUAUCAGGUCUACAGCCAAAUUCGGGGAGCCCCGCGCCAACAUCCACACCAGCCACUCGGGCAUUUUGCGCAGACGUACCUUCUUCAGACGGGCAACCGGCUCGGGGGCCAUGGAUCUCGCCGGCAGUUCCAGAGCGCCGACAAUCACAUGCAGAGGAUGCAACAACAGGUCCAGCGUGCAGUGGAGGCCGCUAAGCAGAAGCCCAAGAACAAGCAGCUGAUCAUCGAAGGCAGCUUGGGUAAAAUCUCCUUCAGCAACGCCAAGACGCCAAAGCCGAUGCUCAACAUCAAGCGUCCCGAGAGCUCGGAAGGCGCCAAGACGAUGAAGAAGCCACACACCGAUCUAAGCGUCAGUGACCGCAAGUCUGUCCUGACCAACCUUGAGAGCGUUUAUAAUACCCUGAUGGAGAUGGAGGACAUGGAGCGCACGAUGCCUCCCCCGCCUGAUGAGAACGACCCGGAAGCGAUUCAGAAGCACAUGGAGUGGAGGCAGAAGAUCCGGUCACUCAACCAGAAGCUGUGGCGAGAACUGAAGGUCAUGGAGCCCAUUGUUCCCAACACCAACACCCCCCAUCCGUUCAUUGCUUUCCUCUCCUAUCCCAAGGGCAAGAAGGCCAUCCCGCGUAUCUUCCGCCACAUCGACCAGGAGCAGCGGGUUACGAUCCUCACUAUGAUCGUCGUGCACUUGGAUUCCUUGGACGUCGUCCGGCGCGCGCAGCCUGUGCCUGGCGAGACCCAGCCGUCUCUGGCCGUUCGGGAAGCCAUCGACCUGUUCUCCCAGGCCGUCAUGCCCAGCCUACUGGGUUACGUCAACGAAGCACCAUUCAACAUCAUCAUCGGUCUGCUGGGACUUGUCAUCGCGCAGACUCAGGUUCAUAUGAUCUCAAAGACCCGCAUUGGACUCGGAAUUUUGACCAUGCUGUUGAGUCGCGCCGAGAUUGUGAAGGAGGCCGGCCAAGCUACUGAACGGGACUGGCAGCAGUGGGUGGAAAAGUUCAACGUGUUGUUUGACACCCUGGAGCCCACCUUCGCCGAUAUCUUCCCCAGCUCGAUCAAUGCUGGCGAUGACAUGUACGUAUGGCAGUUCUUGGCUGCCGUUGGUAUUGGAGCCAGCCCCGAACAGCAGCAGCGCUUGGUUAUUGCGGUUAAGGACCGGGUGAUGGAGACGGUGACCUACAGCAAGACGCUUCCUGCCGACAUGGCCAGCCAGCGCCUUGGCAACGUCAACCUCUUCAUGCGGGCUAUUGGCCUGGACGUCGAGCUACUGGGCUAA